UUAAUGACGUAUGAAGAACUUCCGAAGCUAGAUCUGCUGCGUGCAUUUCCUACACACGUGUGGCAUUUCACAAGUUGUUGGAACACUGAAAAGCCCUAGCUCCAACCCCUCAUCCAUCCCUGAGCAGAAAGGAUGUCCAGUGAUGUGGAACGGCUGUUGAUCCAGUUUCAGGAUGAAGCGGGGGAGCCGCUGGGUUCUCCCUUUGAUGUCCCGCUGGACAUCACACCUGACAAACUACAGCUGGUCUGCAAUGUACUGCUACAGAAGGAGGAGCCGGUGCCGUUGGCGUUCUUUGUGCGUGGCGAGGCGGAGGUGGUAGAGAGUCUGAGGGUGUGUGUGAAGGCCCUGGGGGCAGAGACUGAGACAGUUCUGCCCGUAGUGUACCAACCCCAGGCAGUGUUCAGGGUCAGGGCUGUGGCUCGCUGUACCUCCUCACUACAAGGACACACAGAGGCUGUCAUCUCUGCCGCAUUCAGCCCUACUGGGAAGUACCUGGCCAGUGGUUCUGGAGACACUACAGUGAGGUUCUGGGACUUGACCACCGAGACACCACAACAUACCUCCAGAGGCCACUCCCACUGGGUGCUGACUAUUUCUUGGUCACCUGACGGCAGGAAGCUGGCCUCUGGCUGCAAGAACAGCCAGAUCUGUAUAUGGGACCCAGUGACAGGACAGCAGAUGGGAAAGACCCUGACAGGACACACCAAGUGGAUCACAUGGAUCUGCUGGGAACCUCUACACCUUAACCCAGAGUGCCGUUACCUGGCUAGCAGCAGUAAGGACGGGGCGGUGAGGGUUUGGGACGUUGUGUUGGGCCGCUGUGAGAGGAUCCUGACGGGGCACACCCAGUCUGUUACCUGUGUGAAGUGGGGCGGAGACGGACUGCUAUACACAUCAUCACAGGACAGGACCGUUAAAGUCUGGAGGGCUAAAGACGGGGUCCAGUGCAGGACUCUUCAAGGCCAUGCUCACUGGGUCAACACCCUGGCUCUCAGUACUGACUACGUGCUACGUACCGGCGCCUUCGAUCCCGCCGACGCUACCAUCAACCCCCAGGACCAGACUGGAACAUUUGAGGAACUCAAAGAGAAAGCCUUGCAGAGAUACAACAAAGUCAGGGGUGCGGCCCCGGAGCGUCUGGUGUCGGGCUCUGAUGACUUCACCUUGUUCCUCUGGAACCCAGCAGAGGAUAAGAAGCCUCUGGCAAGGCUGACGGGUCACAGCGCUCUGGUCAAUGAGGUCCUGUUCUCCCCCGACACACGCCUCCUCGCAUCGGCUUCCUUCGACAAGUCCAUCAAGAUCUGGGACGGACGCACCGGAAAGUACCUACAGUCCCUGCGUGGUCAUGUAGCAGCAGUGUACCAGGUGGCGUGGUCAGCAGACAGUAGACUGAUGGUCAGUGGGUCCAGUGACUCCACUCUGAAGGUCUGGGACAUCAAGACUGGCAAACUACACACUGACCUACCUGGACACGCAGAUGAGGUGUUUGCUGUGGACUGGAGUCCUGAUGGUCAGAGAGUAGUCAGCGGAGGAAAAGACAAGUGUCUCAGAAUAUGGAGGAGGUAGCCACACCAAUCACGUGCCUUACUAGCCCCUGUCUCCACCAAUCAGGAGGCCAGGAUGACUGACAGGAUGCGGGGCCAGCGGUCUGAGACGUCCUGGUCCUACAUUGGACCAUAAUGCCCUGCUUUUAACUGUCAACAACAGCCACACUUACUGAGGACUGCUGAUCAAUGUGAUGUAGGAGGAAGAAAGGAAAGGGAGAGAGUGAUGAGAAAUGGAGAGGAGGAUAUAACUAGAGGUAUGGAAGUAGGGGUGGCAUUAGUGGAGGGAGCCUGGGGCUAGUAAGGUACGAUAUCUAAUAUAUGUGUGUGUUGACGUCUAUACCUGAGCCUUAGCUGGCAGGUACACAGCAGGGGGACUGUAGGAGUAAAGGAGUCUUAAUACAGCUCGUUGGAACACCUGGUGUCUUCUACUAAUGCAUUCUCUCAAGGUUGUUAUAGGAAAGUAAAACUAAUCAGGAAAAACCAUUUAGUAAACUGAAAUAAAUAUAAUUAACAAACCCUUUUGAAAAAUGAAAACUAUACUGAAACUAACUACAAUAAAAAUAAAAACCAUAAUGAA